AUGACGAUGGUGCCGAUGAAGGGGAUGAUGUUGUUGAUGAUGCUGUGGCUCUGUGGUCCUGGGGGCGGUCGUAGUGAGGACGUCGUGAUUGGUCAUCGCGAUGAUGAUGCUGCUGCUGUUGACGACUGUGCUGGUGGUGGUGAUAGCGAUGAUUCUGAGGAUGUUGGCGAUGAUAGCGCGGACGAUGCUGACGAUGCUGAAGAAUCAGAUGAUGAUAGUGCGAGUACGACGAUGGUGACCGAUAGUGGUGACGGCUUUCGCAAGGGCUACGCAACCCGAAGGCUGUUUGCCUGGUGGACCUAUGCCCGCUUGAUUGAGCAGAAUUCAGGCGGGCUGUUUGUUGCGCUGCUCCGCAGUCGCCCCCCGGGGCCCCCGACGCCGGAGCUCCGGGACCUGGCCUGGAGGCUUCUCCCCGCGAUGCCUCUCGUCGACCUGGCCCUGGAAGACGUGCUUCAACUGCCGGAGGUCCUUGGCCACAGCUGGGCCACCUACGAGCUCCUCCUCGGCCUCGGCCACGAGAACCUCCAGGUGCAGCUCCGCACGAUGCUGGCCUAUUUGGCUCUGCGGCUUUGGGAGCAAGCGCCAAGCAAGGAGAGGCUGCGCCGGAGACUAGCUUCUGAUGUGAGCCAUCUGCUGCCCGGCAUCUUUCGGCUCCCCUGCGGACCCGAGCCUUCCGAGGGACCUCUGCACCUCUUCGCAAAGCUCAUGCCGGCAAGAAGGCAGGCCGGCCACUCGAUUCGGAUGGAUCUUUCCCCCAGCGGACUC